AUGAACAAUCGGACGAUCAGCCUACCAGAUCUUGCCUCGGAGAAGAAACGGAACACCGCCUUGUCACUCUCCGAGGGCUUUGCCGGAGCAUCACAUCAAGGUGCCAUGGCAGCUUCCACUAACACUUGGAUCGGCCGGCCGGCCAUGAAUCGAAAGGCAGUGGCAGCAGCAAAGGAGGCCAAUCCGAACAGUCUAAACCGAGUACUGCCGCUUUAUUACAGGUGCCGUCAAUUAGCCCUGACCACCGAGAAGCGCGGACGGCGUAUACCACAGAAGCUAGCAUCGGAUAUGAGGGCAUUGGAAAAGGUGGUUGGGAAGGAGAUUCGAAAUUCACAUCCGCUUCUUUUCCAGCGGUUGGAUGACCACCAGUUGGACAGGUUUCUGCGUGCCAUGGCGUUCCUUAGGCUGUCGGUGGGGCGUUGGCUCUAUGGCAGCGAAAACCUGAAAGCCGAGUGGCCUCCCACUGAGUCGCAACGAUCUUUCCUCUUGCUCACAGGCAAGAUCAACCUGUAUCGCGACCCAAAUGGUUUCGGUGAUUUUAUCGAAAUCGGACCCGGCAGCAUGUUCGGUGAGCACCCGUUCAGGUUGGCCGAUGAGGAAAUCAAUGAUGCCAUUGGUGGCUCUGCACAUUGCGAAGAACCUUGCAUGGUUGGUAUCGUGACAGGGGACGUUCUUGAGGCCUGCUUUGCAGACAGAGUGUUUGGCAACCGACGCAUUGCUCAGAAGAUACGGCAUUCGGUGGCCCUCGCGCGGGCUGUGCUGCCCGAGCCAGAUCCGACGAAGCCGAGGGUGGAUCCAGAGUCCCUGAGUGAAGCCGAAAGGGCCGAGCUUUUCGAGACCUGCUCGAGCGCGGUGAAGACAGCGCUAGAUGAGAUGUCCAGGUUGGUUGCAGUAUUACACCCGAAACCGGGUGACGAGAUCCUGACGACUGAUUCGCUUGACGAGAGUGUGUUCUAUGUCGAAGAAGGCAGUGUUGAGGUCCGAGCCGACGUCACUCUGAUCGAGCGGCCCGAGUCUAGACCUCCCAAGCGAACCCGCCUUCACGUGUACAUUGAAAAGGCUGAGAAGUUGGCAGGCGAAUCCAUCUUUGACAAGCUGGAUCCCUACUGCAUCGUCAAGCUGGGUGAAUACAAGCGCUUCCAGACCCCAGUCCAGUGGAACAUGGGAGUGAAUCCGGUCUUCAACUAUGAAGGGGUACUGACCUUCAACGGAGAGGAGGAGCUUACCAUAACGGUCAUGGACUAUGACAAGUUCACAUCGGACGACCUCUGCGGCAAUUGCACGCUCUUGGUAGACGAUUUGGCAGAUGGAUGGCGUGGCAAGGUGGAGCUUCGACGACCUAAGUCGGCCGUUGGAAUGAUGAUGAAGGAGGAUGCCGACUUGACAGAACCUGCCGGAAAAGUCUUUCUCUCUGUGAAAUGGGACUACGAGACUUACAACGUCAUGGUGGCGCCCAAGCAGAGGACUUGGACCGACCAGGCGCUCUUCACCUUGCAGAAGAACCAGGUUUGGGGCCACGAGCGCCUCAUGCUUGGAUCGGUCUUUGCCAAAGCGCUCGAGGGGGCGGCGGCAGCUUUGCCCUAUCGGUUGCACCUCGAGAACUUUGCGAUGUAUGCCGCUGAGCAGAAAGGCGUGAUGGACCGGAUUGUGGUCAUGAAGAUCGCGAACCAGAGAUUCCUGGAGUUCAUCAAGAAGAGCCAGCGUGAGAAAGCUUUCGUGCAAGCUUGCCGAGCACAAGCUCUGGAGAAGCAAUCAACAAUCAGGGAGCAUGUGAAGGACCUGAUGCAGAGGUGGGAAAACGAGGAGCAGAACGAGCUUCUACGAAAAGGUAUACUGGGAUCAAAAGGCGCGCCGGAGGAAGCGGUGGAUCCCAGUAAAUUCCGCAUGGCCUACAAAGGAGUCAAAGCAACCAUCAGCAUCCGGAACGCAGCCAACCUGUCUGGUGGUAGUUGGUUUGACAAGCUGGAUCCAUACGCCAUUGUUCGUUUCCGUGGAAGCCGGGAGGAGGUAAGGACCAGCGUUCUCGCAGAUGCAGGGGGCGAUCCCAUUUGGGAUUGUGAAGGCAAAGUGACAUACAACGGCGAGGUCGCGCUGGAAGUGUCGGUCUGGGAUUACGACAGAUGGACUGCUGACACGCUGCUGGCGACCGGGGUUGUGCAAGUGGAGCAAUUCUGCAGCGGCUUCGAUGGGAUGAUCCCGCUCAGCGUCGGUGGCGACAAGCGGAAGCGUACCAAGAAGCAAGCAAUGAUAACUCUCGGGAUCAUGUUCGACCGACCGCGGGAUCCGUGGUUGAUACAGCCGCUACCAGAUCAAGCGCAAGGUGGCUCUAAUGCCUGA